CCAUGGAGGAGGAAGGCAAAAAAAAAUCCAUAUUUGAGUGUGGUAUAUUCAGACAGAGCCUGCAUGCUUCGUUCUUUGUGUGUACUGGGAACUGUUCCCAUUGAACAAACCUCUCAUAGUAGGAGGGCAUGCGGAUAAAAAAGCACCAUUGCACACUCUUUCAGUCGUAACAGAUCAAACCCCCCCAAAAAAGCAACUUUGAUUUGAAUAUCACAGCUCCGUGGCUGGUUGAUGCAGUCGGCUAUCCUGGGCUGUGGUUUGGAAGGGCGGAACAGUGGCAGGAGCAUGGAGGAGGGGACAGAAGAACGAGGGGAUGAGUAGGUUGCAGAGGAGCAACAGUUUGGCAAAGAGUAGGCGGUUGCUGCAAAUAACAUGUUUGCAAUAUAGCUGCAAAGGUACAAGGAUCAGCCAUGUUUUUAAAUUUUGAGGAGGUAUCAAGUUCAAUGGCCUCAGAAAUUGGGGCGGAAGCCUGAAAGGUUUGUUUCUGAAGGCGUGCUUUUGGGUGUUGGUUGAAUAAAAGAUGCGAUGAAAGAAAGUCGCGAUGUGUUGUGUUCCCCCUUCCUCAAAAACGACAGCAGCGAUUUGGUUUUAUGUUACUUUGAUUGAGUCACUGGAGGGAGAUAUUUAAAGCUGAAUUUAUUGCUGCACCAACUCUACAGACGCCGUUGACGUGGGAGGAUAAGUAGCCUAUAAGAGUCAGGUAUUUUUUGUUGAGACGUUGCUCAUCUUCACGAGGAAAGACGGGAGUCUCGCCUGGAAAUUCCUUCUGGAACGAAGGUUAUGCUAAAAUGAAGGAUAUAUCUCUUUGUUGUUGCACAUAUCAAGGUGGAGGGACCCUCGUGCCACUCUUGUCCCUGUGUGAUCUUCUACUUUGUGUUUACCUCGAAAAACCCCAGGCCUGUUCUGUGGACUAAAGGCACCUUAAUCCAUCCCGAGCUGAAUAUGCAGGACGCGCCGUGCAGUUGCUGUGUUGCUGUGGUUGCUUGCAACUUGAUAGUUUCAGCACCGCGGGGGUGAACAGCGCCAUAACGCCAACCGAGGCAGACCGAAGCUCAGCUGCAGCUGGUUCCGAGUUGCUCUUUGACGGAGCCCGGCGCAGUUCGACAGGCCGAGCCGGAGAAAGACCCCCUUUAUCUGUAAUCAGAUCAUCAGCUCCGAGGUUCCCUUCCCCUCCGAUGACACGGAGAGAGAGAAAAAAGCGUGGCCCUUUUUCAACUUUGAGGGUGGGUUGAGGAUGGAUCAGGAGAGACAAGAGAGGGGGAAGAGAGAGGGAGAGAGAGAGAGAAGACUGACAUAAGCAUAUUGUCGGUGGCUCAUUUGCAGACAUCUUCGAGGCACACAAACACACACACACACACACGCUAUGUCACACACACUAUGUUUCACACACUAUGUCACACGCCUCGCAAAUAAAGUUUCCCUUCCCCUCUUGUUGCGCACCAAAACAUAAAGAUAAGGAAAAUUGAAGAAGACAUAGAAGAAGAAAAUAGAAAUGGUAGGGAAGAGGCAGAAGGGUGUGUGUGGGGAUGGGACACACACACACACACACACACACACACACUUCAAUUCGUAGUUACUCAAGCGCAGCGCGAACACAAGUGAUCCCCGUAUCCAAAAAGCGCGCGCGCGCGCACACACACACACACACACACACACACACACACACACACACACACACAGAGUGUAGAGAGGGGGGGGGGGGUUCCUUCUUGAGGAAGAGUCUGAACCACUUCAUUCCGCCUGCGCUCGAGACCGAUCACAACUACACCGAACCGCUCUGCGUGGAUUCGCCGCGUCUUCACGCGUCGCGCCGCCGCGGAAUUUCAUCCACUGGACGUGGUGUCAAUCAACAUUGAGCAGAGGGGAAGGAGGAAAAAGGGGAGGGGGUCAGAUCUUUUUCCCUUUCUUUCUUUCUUUCUUUCUUUCUUCCUUCCUUCCUUCCUUCCUUCCUUCCUUCCUUCUUCGACGUGCGUGAGGCGGAGGCGCAGCCGAGAGCGUCUUCUGCUGCUCCCUUCUCUCUCUCUCUUUACUGAGAGCUGCUGCUGCUGCUGCUGCUGCUCACUUUGCAGACUGGACCAGUGGACCGAGGAGAGGAACAAGCCAGAGAGAGAGAGAGAGAGAGAGAGAUAGAGACUGGGUGCCUGUCUUCCUCUGGCGCUCCACAGGCGCUCAUUCAUCUAAUUGAGCUCGACCGACGACAGCAUGCCAAGCGCAGACUCCGGCGGCGGAGCUUGGCACGGACUUCCCAACGGAGGAGAGGAGUGAGACUUUUCCUGGUCCGGCCGAAGCUCUCUCUCUCUCUCUCUCUCUCUCUCUCUCUCUCUCUCUCUCUCUUUCUCUCUCGGGACUCGACGCCGGGGACAAACCGCUUCAUGGGUCCCAAACCCCGCGAGGCCCCCGGGAUGGCGUGCAGCGCGUGUUACUACCUGGUCAUCAGCUCCACACACCUGAGCAACGGACACUUCCGGCGCGUCAAGGGAGUCUUCAGAGGACCGCUGUGUCCAACCGCAACCAGCGAUUCACCGGAGCAUGCAGAGAGGGCUUUGGGCUGCUCAUUGGAGGAUUUGAAGGCUCUUUUCUAUUGUGAGCUGUGUGACAAGCAGUACCUCAGACACCAAGAGUUUGACAACCACAUCAACUCCUACGAUCAUGCACACAAACAGAGGCUCAAGGACCUCAAGCAUCGGGAGUUUACUCGCAAUGUGGCCUCAAAAUCAUGGAAGGACCAGCGCAAGCAGGAGAAGGCUCUCAGACGCCUGCACCAACUUGCACAGCUGCAACAGGAAACUCAGCGAGUCCCAGGAAGGACUUAUGGGCUAAGAAGUACAGUCAGGGCUGUGUGCCAGCCGCAACGUAGAGGUUCGGACCAAAAUGACCACAGCCCUGAUGACAAACCUCAACCAGUCAAACACACCCAGAGAGAUGAGAGACCCCGUCCCACACAAACCAGGAGAUUCAGCCACCAGCCAGAAGAUCCAUGCCAAUCUCCAUGCCAAAUCCCACUGGCCACUGCUCCAGCAGAGUUUCCUCUAAACACACAUCAUGAAUCCAACACAGACCCUCAAGCAGUGAACCGGCCAUCUUGCCCAAGCUUGUAUCCCCAGCUUCCUCUCCCUGGGCGGGGGAGAGUGGGAGGCAGACUUGGGGUGUCCUUCUGCUUCUCACGCAGGGGACCGAGGCUGGAGCCAUCUGCCUCCGUCUUCUCGGACCUCGACGAGGAGGAGAAAGAGAAGAGGCAGCAAAUGAAAGAAAGGAUAAAGGGAAUAAUGGAAGAUAUCGACAGGGAGGUUGGGGCAGCAGAGGAGAGGAGACACGGUAAGACAGAAAAGUCCGGCUUUGACACUGGUGGACUAAGUGAAAUGCGGCCAAUCCCCGGACAGACUGUGAGAGAAGAGGAGGAGAUUGAAAAAACAGACAUUGUGAAAGGACACGCUCUUGUUUCCACAGCAGCACCUGAUGUCCGGAGCCUCAAUUCAUUAAUCUCACCAUCACAGACCCAGGUGACCGCAUGGGGCAGAGAAGUAGCAGGGUCACACAUGGACACCCAACACACAGACAGCGAGAAAGAGAGAAGGCUAGAAACAGAGGACGGGAGGGAGAAGAGUCCGCAUAUGUGUGUGCUGGGGAAAGACGGUUCUACAAGUCUGAGAUGGCCCGUCAGUUUACUCAAGUUCACAGAGUCUCAACCACACAUUUCCUACAGCUGCAGCCCACUUUGCUCGGACCCCCAACCGCCAAAACAACUCACAGAUGAUCUGCAGGAGUCACAACAGAAUCAGUUGUGCGCUCUCUCAGAUGAAUCAAACCCUCGUGUGUCAGUUAUUCUCACAUCAGACACUCACUCCUGUUUACAGAGACAGAUGAGACAUGAGCUGAGAGCAACAGGACAGAAAAUAGCAGAGAAGAAUUUCAAGGCAGAGCAACAUAUUGAUGCGGAGACAAAAGCACACCUGUUACUGAAAAAAAAACUUUCAUCAUCCCAAACAGGACCAGAAAGAUGCAUUCUAAGUACGGAGGAUUGUGUGAGGGUAGCCUCCCAUCCAUUUGACCAUGCCCAAAGUGACAGCUCUGACACAAACUCCCUGAAUCCUCUGGGAAGCAGAUUAGGGGAUGCGGGAGGGAUCAGGGAGAGAGCCAUCACAGCCCUGAGCUGUAAAUUAGAGUCUGUCACCCAGUCUGUCACACAGGGGAUGUGCAUUAGCCCAUCCAGGUGUGAGUGUGGGAGUGAGACAACGUGCAAGUGUGCCAGCGCUCCGCAGCCGUACGUGGGUGUCUCAGAAGUGCCACGCAAAAAGAGGAAAGCCAGCACAAAGAAAUACAAGCUGGGAAAGAGGAAGAGGAGCGAAAAAGAAAAAGCUUCAAACAAGCGCCAAUCAGCAAGGUGCAAAAUGAGGAGUGUUGUCUCCACGGUCUCCACUGUCGGAGCACGGAGGGGAGAAGCCGGAGGGAGCUGGGGAAAGAAAGGGAGGCAAUGGGAGAGUGGGGAGAUGAGGAUGAGGAGAAGGAGGGUGCAGAGAGCAGGGAGCAGCUGUCUCCUGGGGAUGUGUGAGGCUGAGCCAGUAUCUGUCUCUGUCAGGAAGAGGAGGCCUCACAGGAGUCCCAGCGCUGAAUCCCAGUCACAGGCAGAGCACUGCAGUGCCUACUCCCGUCUAAGCAGACACACGGCAGACAGGGACACCGAGGGGGGGGGGGAGCGAGACCGCGUCGCGGUGACUUUUCCCUGGCGGUCUCACGUCUCCUUGCACUCCUUCUUACCAGGAUGCAACUCAAAGCCGUUUUGGGAAAGGGGUCACCAUAGCAACCCCAGGAGUUUCAUUGACUGCUGUUACCCUGACAACAGCUGUGGUAGCAGCCCGGCGAGAAAGAGAGAACUCUCCCGCGAGGACAGGAAAUUCAUUCAUAGUACGAGGAAGAGUUCGAGGCGUCGUGAAGUCUGGGAGGAGAGGGGCGGGAACAUGGGAGGGUAUUCAGGCGGCAGAGACAGAGGACUAAUUUCAGACACAGAACAGUGGGAGUGGAUGAGAGGAAACUGUCCUGGAGGUAGUGAGGAGGGAAGAUCAAGGACUGGGUGGAGAUCGAGAAACAGAGCGGUAGAGCGGGAUCAGGUGUCAAGGUUUAGCCCCAGCCCCAGCAGCUGGGGCAGGAGAAGCCGACAUCUUAGCACAGAAGAUGCCGACUGGGACAGGUGCAGUGUGGACAGAUGGACAUGGGGCAGCAGCGACAGCUGGGAGGACAGGGGGACACACGGAUCCACAUCAGGCUCCAGGAUAGGGGCUGACAGCAGAGACAGCCUGGGCUGUGUGUGGAGAUGUGCUGGCACCAGACACUCUAGCUCGAGACAUCUUUCCAGCCCCGAGUGGUGGACGAGCAGGCCGACCCACAGUCCCCAGAGUGUGAUCAACACACGGGCCAGCAGAUGUCAAAGUCCACGCUCCUGCAGCCCCUGCAGCAGCACCAGCAUGUCUGAGCUGAGCUGGGAGUGGAGCAGGAGCAGCACCUGCUCAGGAGUCACAGUGGAUAAGACGACAGUUAGCCCCUGCACGAUGUCCUCGGAAGCUCCAGGGAUCUCAUCUGAGGCCCCUCAGGAGGCUAAGAAGCAGAGGAGCUCCCCGUCCACUUCAUCCAGCCUUUCCUCUAGUUCCUUCUCCCAGUCCUCCCCCCUCAGAUCCUCUUGUGCUCCCACAGUUCCAGGCCUUAACACGCACCCUUGUGAAACAAAUGCUUUGCAGCGAGAAGAGCCCAAUUCACAGUCAGACCCAAGCAGCUCAGGCAAAACGCUUCCAGGACCAUCCCCCAAUAAACCUCUGCCACAGAAACGAGCUAGGACGUGGCUUCUCCCUCUCAUUGGAAAACUACCUGCGAUCCAGAGAAAGGCCAGGAGGGAAAAGUGGCUACUGGAGAAGAGUCGGGACAAAGAGGGAGAGGAGGAGGAGGAGGAAGCGAAGGGCAUUGGAGUUGAUCCUGGAGCUGUCGACGACAGUCAGAAACAACCUCUGGACAUGGCUGAGUCAAACCUGAGCAGGACGCCAAAUCCCUGCCCAUCACAGAUAAGGACCGAUGACAAACAGACAGGUGGAGAGCCAGCGCCGCCAAUCAGCUUUACUGCUGAGGAGAUGGACAAAUAUCGCCUCCUGCAAGAGCAGGCGAGAGAGCACAUGCAGAAAGUCCUGGAGCAGACGCAGGAGAGUGCAGAUACACACACAGAGACAUCGUACACACACACCACGCAGACAGACAACUGUGGGACGCUAGAGGACCAAUACGCGCCUCUGUCUGCGCCCUUGCACAAACCUCCACAGCCUCAAACCCAGUCACUUCACGCAGACACAAUGCAAACACAAGCACAACUCUCCCUCCGGGUCAAUCUCCCACUCCCACACGUGGCCCCACGAGAGAACUUUACUCAGUCAAUGGCCCUGGGAGUCCCCAGCCUCCCCCCUCUCUCCAGCCUCCAUCAUUUCAUUUUACAGCACACAGCCCUCUCCAUGCCCCCCUCGUCCUCCUCCUCCUCCUCCUCCUCCUCUUCUGCCACCUCGCCUGCCAUCCACCCACACCCAGCCCAUCACCCUCAUCCCCUUCCGCAGCUCCACCCCUCCCUCCAUCACCACCUUCACCUACCUCCCUUCUCCAUCUCCUCCCUGUUUCCCUCCAUACUGCUGUCCCAUCAGCCCAUCCCCCUCCUCCCUCAGUCCGCUGCCUUCCAUGCGACCCCACUCUCCCCACUCUCCCCAGUAGCACUGCAGCCCUUGAACCCGCAGCCUUUCUACGACAGUGUGUGGCCGGCCCAGAAUAAAGGGAAAAGGUGCACCUGCUAUUCAAAGAGAAGCUGGGCUUGUGUCAUCCUAUCUCUCUCCUCCUGAACCACAGACAGACCAGCUGCCUUUUGAAGUGUCUCUCAUGCCGGGAUGAGGGGUGGCAAGAGAAAGUGAUAAUGGUAUCACCUUAUCUCCAUUUCAUACAGGUUAGCUGAGUUUGAGUGUGACUUUCAACAAACAUAAACAACAUUACAGUGAGUGGCGGGCAUAGUACAGUCAUUUUAACCUUGGUGUAUAUUGUAUUUGUGUGUGUGUUAGAUAGAGGUAAUUAUGGAAUGAAACAUAUACACUGUGGGAAGGAGAACAACUUAUUUACAUACCUGACACAUGUAAAGAUCUGUUUUGUGUCUAUAGUGUAAAUAUUCUGACAGUGAGUGAUAGCCUUAGAUUCACCUGGAAACAACAAAACAAUGGGUGAAUUUAACCUUUAGCAGUCGUUCAAUAAUUAUUCCACUCUCUGGUGUCAGUGAUACGAGCACUUCAAAAACUUGUCAUAUUCAUGAGUGACACGAUCAAACAUUUUCACACAGCAUUUACACAAAUCAGUCGUUGAGACAGCAACGAAUGGAGGUGAUCUGUUGCAUUAAACCCCGGUUGGAAAUAAAUGGCCUUUACUGCC